AUGUCUGAUCUGAUCGAAUUACAAAGGAAUAAUCUGCUGAGUCUGCUUAGCGAGGUUCAAACUCCUCAUAACGUUAAAUUUCUGGUGAUCGAUGUAGAAGUGGAAAAGUUUCUUUCAUAUUUGUUCUCCAAUCCUGGGGAAUUGCUUAGACAUGUUACCGGCGUGGAUAGGAUAGAUUCUCCCAAUAGGAAGGGACAAUCAUCAGUGGAAGCUGUCUAUCUUUUGAAACCUAAUAAGUAUAACAUCAACUGUAUUGAUGUUGACUUUAGAAUGAGGCCUCCACGUUAUAGACGGGCGCAUAUAAGGUUCUUACCAGGAACGGAUCCGAAGAUGGUAGAUUACUUUAAAUCUAAGCGGUUUAUCCCUCAAUAUUUGGCUAGCAUUAAGGAAGUUGAACUUUCUUUCAUACCGAAGGAGACCCAAUUCUUUUUAACAAUGGAUAUCGAUCGAUCUUUACAACUGUUCUUUAACAAGCAAUGUAUCGAUUUGAUUGACAGAAACGUAAAGAAAACCAUUCAUUCAUUGUUAAACUUGUGCAUAGUUACUGGUGAAUACCCCAUCAUUAGGUACUCGGAACCACAACCAAACCAGGAGAAAUUGACCCCAGCAACUUUAUUAGCAAAGAGGAUCGCAUUCGAAUUCCAAACUACACUAGAUAACUACGCUAGAGAACAUCAAGAUUACCCACCACCAUCACAGAGGCCGAGGGCUGUUUGUCUUAUCACAGACAGAUGUUUAGACUUGUUGAGUCCAGUUUUACAUGAUUUUACUUAUAAGUCCAUGGUCUACGACUUGGUUCCUGAUGUGGAUCCAGCUACAGAUGUGUUUAACUACACAGCCGAAAAUGAAAGAGGUGAACAAGAGGAAAAAACUUCCAGAUUGCUGGAUCUCUUGGACCCUGAUUGGGCAGAACUGAAAAAUCAACAUAUCGUAGAUGCCAACGAGUAUUUGAACGCCAAGAUUAAAGAAAUGAUCGCUAAAAACCCAAAAUUGGUGGAUAGGUCUAAUGUGAAAACCACAACAGAUUUGUUGAGUGUGGUUGCUCAUUUAAAAGAUUUUGAUGAGGAGAGAAGGAGAAUGAUUUUACAUAGAACUUUGAUUGAAAAAUGUUUGAUAAUCAAUCAGGAAAGAAGAUUAGCAGAAUCAGCAGAUUUAGAACAAUGUUGCGCAGGUUUUGGUACCGAUAUGGACGGUGAAAGAGUUAAGAAUGUCACUUAUAAUUUGUUAGAGGCCUUGAACAUUAAGGAAUCUAAUGUUAUUGAUAAGAUCCGUCACAUCAUUGUUUAUGCCCUUUAUCGUGGUGGUAUAAUUGAGCAAGAUCUCAUAAAACUAUUGGCAUUCAUUGGUAUUGGUGAAAAUCACGAUUUUUUUAGUCAUUUCAUGCUUCUCUUUAGGAACUUCGAUCAACUAGGGUUCCAGCUAAUUAAAGAGAGCCCCAAGAAUAAACCUUACAAAAAAGAGUGGUUCCACGACACCAUUGUCAAGGAUUCAUCGGUGUACAACACCUCCAGAUACAUCCCAGCUAUAGGGAACAUUUUAGCCAAAAUUAUAGCCAAUCCAUUGUUAGUGUCGGAAGAGCUUUUCCCAUACGUUAAGGAUAAACCAAUUGAAUUGCUGGAUGAACAAAGUGCAGAAGUUUCCGGUUAUUCAGUAAAUGUAAAUAGCUCCGCAUCCUUAAGAAAUCCGAGACAUAAGGCAGCAUGGACUAAAAACAAUAUAAAUCAGAAGAGGGCCCCUAGACAGAGAUUCUUUUACUACAUUAUCGGUGGUGUGACGAAUCUCGAAAUCAAAGCCAUCUAUGAACAGUCAAAUUUGAAGAACAGGGACAUUUUCAUCGGCAGUGAUGCUAUCAUCACACCUCUUUCCUUCCUCAAAAGUGUGGAGAAUUUGACCAAUGACAGGAAGAAUUUGCAAUUGCAAGAUGAUGCAAAGGAAAGAGAAAGACCACCAGAUUUCAUGCUAGAAGCUUUCGCCCCGGUGGCGCCUCCAGUUUCGCAUGCUUUACAUUUACCAAAAAAUCCACCACCUCAAUCCGCUCCUGCUUCUACGCAAUCCACUCAACAAUCAGAAGCAAGUGCUGAUGGUAAGUCUCCAGAGAAGAAAAAAAGAGGUAAAUUUUCGAAACUUCUGAAAUCCAAGGACAAGAAGAAAUAA